AUUACAGAUAUUAUGAUAUAAAAAAAAAAAAACACAAUUAGCUACACCAACUAGAUGAACAACAGCAACACCUGAGUGUUGAAUACUUACAGAUUCUACAUCACAAUGUCAGUCUCAACGUCUUCAUCGUUUUUCCCUAGCGGUCCCAUUUCCGGUCUCGCAGGCGAUGUCUUUGCUUCGCUCACCUACCGUCGACCCAUUGUCGACACUGCGCGAUUCAUCGAAACCUUCCCCACAGACGAUCACGACUUGUUCGAUCGGAAGUGCAUAGAAGCAAGCAAAAAUCCCUCUCUUAUAGCCUCUGCAGGCAUCGCAUGCACGUAUUUGGGACUAUACAGGGCUCUUGGGAGUGGAGCGUUCCUUGACCGUGUCCAGAAUGGUGCGAGUAAUGCAGUUUACAACUCUGUCAUGACGACCCAUGGUGCUGGGACCAGUUGUAAGAACAGCAGCAGGAUCACGACCAGCAAUGUGCUCCGUUCUUUCGUGCUGUCUUACUACGCAACAAGUAUGAGAAUCUCGAGUGCAAUAGGUGGUAGCGCAAACGUCGCAAACGGGGCCACUGCGUCGUCCUCUGGUUCGGUAUUUACAGCACUUCCCACCGGUCCCGAGCUUGCUGCACUGUCACAGCGAAUGGGGGCAAUCGCGCGAUCUCUGACACGCCAAACCCUGGCAGUAGGUCCCAGCCUUCUCGCGAUCUACGUAUAUGGGUUAUACUCGAAUAGACAACUCAUCCAAAGUUUUGUCCAAGAUCGAGGGACCAGGUUAAGCGUUGAAUGUGCUCAAAGGUAUCAGAAAAUAGCUCCGGAGGACUUUCAAGCUAUGAUGGAGGAAAACUGAUGAGACGACAAUGCAGAUGGGCUUGAAAAUGACACGUAAGCACCGCAAGAUUCUCCAUCUAAGUCAGGAAUUUUUCUUGUAUGUAGUAACAGUAUUCAGCUCUAGGCCGUUCCAGCUUUGCUCGAAGAGAACCACCACGAGCGAGG